AUGGCGCUACCUUUGCCAGACGUGUUAUUUGAAAUCAGUGGGCAAGGCCUUUCCCCAGAUAAGGAUUUUUACCAUUUAGCUAUCACCAAAUCAUAUGUGACCUGGAGGUGGUGGAAGAUAUCUCUGAGGCAUGACGGCAGGAACACAAAGCCUGGAGAGCUGAAGCAGUCCCACCAGGACUACCUGGAUGACGAUCAAUUACAAAGUCAGGUCAGUAUGGUCUUUGGUAACCGGAUCAGGCAGUACACCCUGGCUUUGUGUCAAGGCCAUUAUGAUUACCUGGAGCGCCUGCCCGACCCCUUGCUGCUCCGCAUAUUAGCCCACCUAGAGCUGGAGGAUGUGAGGCAACUCGGACGGACCUCACGAAGGUUCUGGAAGCUGUGUGGGUCAGAGGCAUUUUGGCAGCAGACAGUGCGGCGCUGCUGUGACACCAUUUCACCUGAGGUCUCAGCCCUGGCCAUGGAUGUGGGCUGGCGGAGUAUCUUCUUCACCAGCAAAUUACAGGUGCAGAAGCAAAUUAGUCGCUGGAGACAGAGGGCCAAGCAGCAAGAAGAGGAAGAAGAGGAGGAAGAAGAGGGAGUGGUCUGUUGCCCUGAAGCAAAGGGAAAGGGGCUGCUUCCCCAAACAGAACCUCCAGGUGAGGAUCUGGAGACAGGGAGCAAACCAUGCUGCUGAAACUUAGACACACCAUGGCAUUAUCUUGAUUUCCUGGUCCUGGCACUAGCAAUAGCCAAUCUCCACUUUGGUGUUGUGUCUCUCCCUAGCCCUUAACUGGAACAUGUGUUUGGCUCAUAGAGUAACCCUAAACUUGUACCUGAUUAUUCUGUGAUGACCUGAAGCAUAGGAUAUGUUUCACAGUGGCUUGC